AUGGAAAUGAAGAAUCCAUACUACGGAUUAUGGCUGAUUUCAUUUUUAAUUCAAUCAGAUGAGAGAGCUUUGCAAACAUUUGUUGAAGAUAUGUUUAUCAUUGGCCAAGUAUUUGAUGCUCACCUCGAAGAGCCUUUAAUUGCAAAAGAUUGCCGAUGUUCAAUUAUUUUUUAUAUUAGUACACUAUUAUCACAAAAUCAGCAUAUACAAGAUAUUAAAAAGUACGCACAGUUUAUUGUUUCACAUUAUGAAAACAUGAACACUCAGUUUAAAGUUGUUUCAAUUUAUUUUGUAACAACAAUGUUGUCUAGAUGCCAAUUUUCAGAGUUACAAGAAUUAGAUUUUGAUCAACUAUUUGAGAUUCUUUCUGAAAUUAUAAUUCUCCAAAAUUAUUUGAAAUUUAAAUCUUCAGAUUUUGAAUUGAUUAUAAAACAAAUAAAAGCCAACACUGCAGGAUGGCCAAUCAAUAUAAAUGAUUUACUCGAGAAUAAUGACAUAAUUUCUCAACUUGAAUGCUUAUCUGAUGAUGAAUCAUAA